CACGGGGGCAACCAGGCUACUGGUGGGGGCGGGGCGGGAGCCGCUUGGCCGGGGACAGACGAUCCCAGCUCCCUCCCGGCGGCGGAGGCGAUCGUUGACUGCCCCGCUACAAGGCAGCCGGCCCCGUGCCCGGAGCCGCCGUUCAGCCCCUGAUACGUCAGCCUGCCCUGCGCCCCGCCCCGCCCCGCCCCGCCGCGCCCGCGCCUCCCUCUCCCUGCGGGCGCGGAGGCGGGGCGAGCUCGGCGUGGGGCGGGGCUGCGCGGCCUGCAGGGCCUGGGGCGCCGGGCGGGCGCAUCAAUGAGUUGCGAGGUGGCUGUGUUGUACUUUGCCAGGAGUGCAGAGCUAGCGGGGGUUCGCUCGGAGACCGUUUCCGUGCCACAGCGAAUCACGUCUCUCCAGCUGUGGGAUGAAGUUGUGAAGAGACAUUCAAGGCUUGCCGUCCUACGGGAUCAGGUGGUCUUUGCUGUUCGGCAGGAAUACGUGCUGCUUGGGGAUCAGCUGCUGGUCCUGCAGUCAGGUGACGAGGUUGCUAUUAUCCCACCCAUCAGUGGUGGCUAAGUCCAGCCAAACACGUUAGGUCCAGUGGCUUGUUGGAUGACUUCCUCUUUCUGCUAGGUCUCCUGGACAGGAUGUACCAAUAUUCCCUGCUAUAGAGAGCUGUUAUGCUGGCAGUGAGCUGUGAAUGG